AUGGACUCUAAAGACACCGUCAAAGGGCGCGCAUGCCUCCCGCUCAACCUCUACCAAGAAUGGGACGAUGAAGAGGAUCUCGCUUACAAAAACAUCCUCGUCAGCCUGGUCGAAGGAGACCUUGACCCCUCUGAAGCCGCCCGUCAGAUCGACGCGGUCUUGCUCCAGCGCUACGCGGCCAGAUACGACCUUCUGCGCAGCAGGCCCAACCCUUACCAGCUUACCCCGGAGGAAGUUGCCAGAGGUUUGACAAGUAUCCACCAGGUCGCCUCCUCAGCUUGGUGCCAAGUCAAGAUGAUCUUUCAGUGGAUUGCGGUGUUGUGUAGCGCAUGCCCACCUGGCCACCCGGCUCAGGACCGCAUUAUCCUGUUCCUGGAGGCACUGCGCGCAAUGCCCUUACACCACGUCAGGUGUUUGGGGCCGAAAUCCAACGAGGGGAAAGAUGUGGAGCCAUUUGAGGAGAUGCCGCUGUGGCCGCUGGGCAAGAACUGGUGUGGAUCGGCGGACGCCUUUCGUCGAGAGGUUCCUCCUUGCGCUUACAGGUGUACACAACGCAACCUAAAGGCCAGAGCCGGUCGGAUGACCUGCGACGAAGAGCAUUUCCGAUGGCGGAACUUCCAGUCCGCGAUCGCCCGCAUCACAGUCCUGGGUCUCGUGGAGUGCAGGUUCCUCUGCUCCCUGGAGAACAUCAUCCCUGGCGGCCGGCAAUAUGCCUCAUCCAAAACGACAGCAAUCGCGUGUGAUCUCUUCGCGGGGGUGCAGUGGAUCCUGCUACAUGGGGAGUACGUCUACGCGGAGUGCAAGAAAAGGGACAAGGUCACCGACCCAGUCAGGCAGAUGUGGAGCAUGGAGCGCUGGGGUCUAUGGAAGCAGCUGUUUCUGCGCAUUGUUUCCGGAGAGAUUCGCAGGUUCGACAUGGAUAUCAAACAGCAGGCGGAGCUGGCGCUUCUGCGGAUGACAGCGUGGGAGGAGGGAGAAAGUGUGAGGUGCUGA